AUAGGAAGAGUGGGCUUGGCAGGCAGGCCGGGCACAGUGAUACAUGUACAGCCGGUCAGGGAAUGAUCUGCUUCUGAAGUGACCCUGCCGGCUCAUUCACACCUGGAAUAGUGGAAGGGCUAGCUUCACUACUCACGUACCAAUCUUUUUUUUUUUAUUGAACCCGCAGUGUAAUUGCCUGUAAUAGAAGCUUUUGUAUCCCUACAUGUUGCGCUGGUGUGGGGGCACCCAUGGGCGCCCUGUGGAUCUCAGCGCUAGAUAAAGCGAGCUGGUUGUUGCAAACAGGGUCGGACUGGUCCCAGCCUCUCUGCCGCCAGCCCACAAGGCGCACCCUCUAACUUCCAUAAUUACCAACUCACUCCCGACUGCAGCUACCGCUAAUGCUACUUUCCCUUUAAGAGGAGAACCGUACGUCUUAAGGAGCCUGCGCGAUGACGUCACCCGGCAUGCUUUACGUGGGAGAACCAGAGGGAGAGUGAGGCAAAAUGGCAAAUAAUGUGAACUGGAUUCAGCGUUCAAGUGUGCCAAGUUUUGCACAGAUGCUAAAGAAGAAUUUACCUGCUCAAGCUCCAGCUGUGAAUCUGAGCUCCACAGUUUCCACAUGCUGCCCAUAUGUUGAACCUGAUUGUGGAACAGCAAAGGUUACUCAAAUAACAGGUUUUCCACCGAUUACUUUACCUGAACCAUUUUUAUCAGAAAUGAUUGUACCUGCAUCACUCUCCUCACUGCCACCUAGAAAGGUUACAAAGGAAUUUGUGGUGAAAUACAGACGUGGUGACCUCAAUCCUGUUUCUGCUUUAUACCAGUUUGCACAGAUGCAGCGAAUGGAAAUUGAUCUAAAAUCAACUGUAACAACAGGAAACGUCUUUGGUGCUUAUUUUGCAUUCUGUGCUGUUAUUGAUGGAAUUGAAUACAAGCCUGGAAUGAGGCAAAAGCAAAUGCUGCAAUUCGUGCACUUGAUGAACUUCUUCUACAUGAAGAUUCUGAGUUACCAGAUACUUUUAUAGGCAGUUGCUGCUUUUCUACAGUGGAAGUAAUGGAAUGAUGGACAAGUCCAUAUUUUGCACAGAACCUGCAACCAACCUUCUUGCUCUAAAACCAAAUUUCAAUAUCUUCCUGUACAUGAAUCAGCUUCCAAAAGGAGCUGCUCAGACAAAUCCCCAACUAUAAGCGCACUUUUAUUCAUGAAAAGAUUUCCUCUAUUAUUAAAGAAACCUUUACUAAUUUAAUAUCCAAAUAUCCUGAAUAUGAAAGCUGUGGUAGCUCAUUAGUUGCGUUUGUGAUUGAAAAAGAUACUUUUAUAGGCAGUUGCUGCUUUUCUACAGUGGAAAUAAUGGAAUGAUGGACAAGUCCAUAUUUUGCACAGAACCUGCAACCAACCUUCUUGCUGUUAAACCAAAUUUCAAUAUCUUCCUGUACAUGAAUCAGCUUCCAAAAGGAGCUGCUCAGACAAAUCCCCAACUGAGCUAUGACAGAAGCUGUAGAAGUUUGGACCAAGACUCUCCCUCUAAAAAGAAAAAAAUGCAAGCUAAUUAUUCCUCAACAACUCACUUACUUGUGGGGAAGAAAGUGCCAUCCUCACUCCAAACCAAACCAAGUGACUUGGAAACUACAGUGUUUUAUAUUCCUGGGGUUGAUGUAAAGUUACACUACAAUUCCAAAACAUUAAAGACAGAGUCGCCAAAUGCCUCAAGAGGAUCUUCUUUGCCAAGAACUCUUUCAAAAGAGUCCAAGCUGUAUGGUAUGAAAGAUACUGCCACAAGUCCUUUACCUAGUUCUGUCCACAGCAAGACUAACACUCUCUUACCUCCCCAAUCCCCACCUAUGCCUUCAGCCAAAGGAAAGGGAAGCAGUGGAGUUAAAACAGCAAAAUUGUAUGCUUGGGUAGCUCUGCAGUCACUUCCAGAAGAAAUGGUUAUCAGCCCAAACCUGCUAGAUUUCCUUGAGAAAGCCUUAGAAACAAUACCAAUCACUCCAGUUGAAAGGAACUAUGCAGCAGUGAGCUCUCAAGAUGAGGAUAUCGGACAGUUUGACCUGCAGGAUCCACUGGAAGAAUCAACAACCUCUUUAGUAUCAUCUUCAACUUCUCCAUAUUCAUCUUUUCCUGUUGAUGUGGUUGUCUACGUCAGGGUUCAGCCAUCUCAAAUUAGGUUUAGCUGUCUGCCAGUUUCCCGGGUUGAAUGUAUGCUGAAAUUGCCCUCUCUAGACUUGGUAUUCUCUUCAAACAGAAGUGAGCUAGAAACCCUUGGACCAUCACACCCCUCAGAUUCAUCUAUUGGAAAUCUUUCCAUGCCAAGUGGAUCAAAACCAAAUCUAAACAAAUCUGGGAUGCCAGGGACAUCCCCGGGGCUUGGUAGCCCCCUUGGGAGAACACGACACAGCAGCAGCCAGUCUGAUUUGACCAGCUCUAGCAGCAACUCGUCAGGCCUGAGUUUCACAGCUUGCAUGUCCGAUUUCUCCCUGUAUGUGUUUCAUCCUUAUGGAGCAGGAAAACAGAAAUCUGCAGUAUCAGGACUCACUCCAGGACCCAGUGGCUUAGGUCAGGUAGAUGAAGAACCUACGUCAGUUACUGGCCGUAAAGACUCUCUUAGUAUCAAUCUAGAGUUUGUUAAGGUCAGUCUGUCCAGAAUGAGACGAUCAGGUGGAGCUUCAUUCUUUGAGAGUGUAUCUGCUAACAAAACCCCUAGUAAGAUGGAUACCACUUUAAUCAACAUAUCAGCGGUGUGUGACAUCGGAUCUGCCUCUUUCAAAUAUGAUAUGCGCCGCCUUAGUGAGAUUCUGGCUUUUCCAAGGGCAUGGUACAGAAGAAGUAUUGCUAGACAUUUGUUUCUUGGUGAUCAAACCAUCAAUUUACCUGGUUCAAGUGAACAUUCCACAUACAUUGUACAGACUCUUGAUUUUCACUUGGGUCACAAUACUAUGGUUACGAAACCCUGCGGUGCUCUGGAAAGCCCAAUGGCAACAAUCACUAAAAUAACACGGAGACGCCAUGAAAACCCGCCACACGGAGUUGCAAGUGUGCAAGAGUGGUUCAAUUAUGUCACUGCUAUGAGGAAUGAAGAACUAAAUUUACUUCGGAAUGUUGAUGCCAACAAUGCAGAAAGCAGCACAGCAGUGAAGAACUCGAGUUUGUUAAGUGGCUUCAGGGGAGGCUCCAGUUACAACCACGAGACAGAGACAAUCUUUGCUUUGCCAAGGAUGCAGCUAGACUUCAAAUCUAUACACGUUCAGGAGCCUCAAGAACCUGUCCUGCAAGAUGACAGCAAACCUAAGGUGGAAUGCAGUGUGUUAACGGAGUUUACUGACCAUAUCUGUGUGACGAUGGAUGCAGAACUGAUCAUAUUCCUACAUGAUAUGGUGUCUGCUUACCUAAAGGAGAAAGAAAAAGUUAAAUUUCCACCUCGAGUCUUUACUACUCGCCCAGGCCAGAAAAGCCCUGUUAUACAGAUCAAUGAAAGCUCUUCUGAGAAGGAGAAAGAAGAAAACACUAACUACACCUAUGUAGACUGGAGGGAAUUUAUGUGCAAUACUUGGCAUCUUGAGCCCACCCUCAGGCUUAUUUCAUGGACAGGAAGGAAAAUUGACCCAGUUGGUGUUGAUUACAUCCUUCAGAAGUUAGGCUUUCACCACGCCAGAACUACUAUUCCAAAAUGGUUACAGCGUGGAGUAAUGGAUCCUCUGGAUAAGGUCCUUUCAGUCCUCAUAAAGAAACUUGGCUCUGCCCUUCAAGAUGAAAAAGAAAAGAAGGGGAAGGACAAAGAAGAGCACUGAACACAAAAGCAAGAAAGUGAACAACAUGUUAAACUACUGAACAAACACAUUUUUAGUAUCUUUUGUAUAGCAAAUCAAUGUUUUUAUUUGACAUGAGCCCAUUUGACUUUGGAAACAAGUUUUUGAUUUCCAGAUCAACCACCAAUAUUGAGAUUGGAUUCUCUGGAUUCAAACUAAUUCACUGAAAAUGUGACAAACUUAACUUCUGUCUUUCUUUAUGCUACUGUGCUACUAACCCCUUCAUCCCUGGGUGCUGUUCUAGUUGUGUUACUCUUGAUUGCUAUUCCAUUUUUUUUGUUAAUAAGUGAGUUUACGCUUUAUGCCAGCUGCAGUGUUUUCUAUAGGCCAAGUGUAUAGCUCUCUUUGCUUUAAGUACCUGCAUGUUGGUGAGUAAGAACAUGCAUUCUUGAGCAAAGUAACACUGAGAUAUCCUUUUGUGUAAGUAAUCUUGGGGAUGAGCGCCUGUAUUGCAAACUCGUAAAUAGGAACCUCAGGGAUGAGGGGGGUUAUAAUAAUUCCGUUGUGAAUAAAAUUGUUCCAUUGGGGAAGCAUUGCAUGUUUAUGUAUAUUUUGGACUAAAAAUAGGGUUGAAACACUGUAAAAUGUAGGGGGCUAUUGUUAUUACUUUGUAUUAAGUGCAAUAUGAUUUUAUUUCUGUGAUAACUGCAGAAUAUUAACUGUGAAUUUAUUUUAUUUUGUCAUAAUACAUUUUGUUGACAAUAUGAA